AUGACAUCAGCUACAUUCCAUAGUAACAACCAUGGAGUUCAAAUCGGGGAUAACCACGGCUCGGUCACAGCGCAGUUCCACAACUGUAGGUCUGAUCGCGCAGCAUAUAGCACCGAACAGAUCGAUCACAUGUGCUUACAAGCCCUUCGAUGCCCAGACACACUUGUUGUUAAGAACCGCCUAAAAGAAGGCAAGGACAAACUCCUCCGCCAAUCAUUCGAAUGGGUCCUCGAGACUCCGGAGUAUCGCAACUGGCGAAAUGGAAAUACUGUCUGUUUGCUCUGGAUCAAAGGUGGAGCUGGGAAAGGAAAAACAAUGAUGUCGAUCGGCCUCAUUGAAAUCCUCUCUCAAGAAGACAACAAUGUGGUGACAUACUUCUUCUUUCAAAAUGGUGAUAAUAAGCUGAAUACCCUUGAAUCACUCAUUAAAGGCUUGAUUCUCAGGCUGCUUACCCAGCGAACUGAGCUGAAAGAGUCUUUACGACGUCGAUGGGAUAAGAGAAACGAGUCUUUCAAAAAGGAUAUAGAUAUAGCCUCGUGGCGAGGUCUCUGGGACAUACUUUUAGAGAUGCUAGACGGUUGUACCCUUUCAAAGGUCUAUAUCGUUAUCGAUGCUCUUGAUGAGUCCCAGGAUAACCAAAUGGCUGAAUUCCUUACACUUGUUGUUCGGAAUGGGCUUGAUAACCCGCGAAUCAAAUGGCUCUUCACAAGUCGACACCUGGAUGCCGCUGAAAGAGUAUUACUAGUCGGAUAUGAUCAGAUACAAGUUAGCCUGGAGCUGAACUCAAAAUUUGUCUCCGAGUCUGUUCAGUCCUACAUUCAUUAUAAGGUGAACGAGCUCAGUAUCCGAAACAGAUAUAAAGCAGCACUGAGUGACCAAUUGAAAGACAGCCUUUCUUUGAAAGCUGAGGGUACGUUCUUAUGGGUGAGUUUGGUUUGCAAAAGGCUUGAGGGUAUUCGGCAAGAGGAGGUUCUAGCUACCAUUGAGGAGUUACCACCAGGGCUACAGCAUUUCUAUGAUCGCAUAAUGCGCCAGUUGAGUACGGGCGAGCUGGAUGAUAUUGAACAACAAAUACGACUCUUGAAGGCGAUAAUACUAGCAUACCGACCGUUGAAAGUCGAAGAAGUAUCUGUUAUAACAGGCCUAGGAGAUGAUACAAUCAAGAUCCUAGUCAAUCGCUGUGCGUCUUUUGUCAGAUUACACGACAACUAUGUUGAAUUUGUUCAUCAAUCCGCUCGAGAUUACCUAGCCGGGGAAGGUGGAAUGUCUAUUCUUGAAUCUAAUACACAGUUUGGACACUACGAUAUUGUGCUAGGUUGUCUUGCACAUUUGUCCAAACGGCUGAAGAUCAAUCUUAUAGGACUCCCACGACUUGACUCCACGAGAAAAUCUUUCACAAGUGAUAAGCUAUCUUCCUUGGAUUAUCCAGCGUCCUUCUGGGUGCAGCAUCUCCAGAAAGCCCAUCCUAGGGUCAAACACAGCGGGUUCAUUGAUCAAGGACCCAUUGGGAACUUUCUCCACAUGAAUUUAUUGGAGUGGUUGGAAUGCCUCAGCCUAUUGGAUAGAAUAGAUGAUAGACUCCUUGGAUUAUUCGAGAUAUUGAUGGAUAUGGCGAAGGAAGAACCUUCAACCUUGGCACUUAUGCGCGAUGCUAUACCUUUCUUAGUGCAUCAUCGCAGUAUUAUACAUCUUUGGCCAUUGCAAAUCUACAGUGCUUGUCUUAUCUUCACUCCCGAAUCAAAUCUUGUGAGGGAGAAAAAUAUGGCCAAAAUUCCAGGCUAUAUUAGAAAGUUCCCUGUGGUGCAGGAUUAUCGACUUUCUCUUUUACAGAUUGUGGAAGGUCAUACAAGGACUGUCAGAUGUAUUGCACUUUCUCCCGAUGGUAGGCAAAUUGCAUCAGGCUCCGAUGAUAAAACGAUCAAGAUCUGGGAUGCGAGAACAGGCAAUCCGCAAAAGACACUCAAGGGACACUUGGACUCGGUCAAUGCUGUGGUAUUCUCGUCAGACGGCAAACAGAUUGCGUCCGGAUCCUCCGAUAGAACGAUCAAGCUGUGGAACUCUACAACGACCGAGCUACAAAAUACGUUAGAAGACAGGUCAGGCGUACACUCUGUGGCCUUUUCGCCCGACGACAGACAUGUCGCAUCAGGCUGUGACCGGGGAACGGUCACACUGUGGAAUAUCGCGACAGGUGAACCCCAGAAUACAGAUGCAGGGCACCUAGAGGCGGUUAUAAAUAUCGUAUUUUCACCCAAUGGCAAGCGUAUCGCAUUUUUGAGCCUUCACACUGGAGUCAUUACGAUAUGGAACAUUUCAAACGGUAAUAAUUUCACGCGGCUUUCGGGUAGUCAUCUCAAACGUCGAAGUCUGAAAUUCUCGGCAGAUGGUCGAUACAUUAUUACGGAUUAUGGACAAAUCAACUUGAAAGAUGGCACUGAGGCUGAGCGGGUGGCCAUUUCAAAUGAUCCAGCGGGCCUUUCUGUUGCAGAUCAGUGGAUAUGCUAUGGAGAUGUGCUCUUUUUUCGGCUGCCUUUCCAUAUGCAGCCAGCGUGCUAUGAUGUACAAGGUGACCGGAUUGCUAUUGGUCUGGCCAAUGGUCGAGUUUCUAGUUUCGUAUUUGAUCGAUGGCGUCUACAUUCAAUGCUAGAGAAGGCCGGUUAA